AUGCGUGCCGUCAAGCGCGUCGUGCCGCCCAGCCUAAACAAUCGUUUCGCCAGACCCUCUCGAAGACGCUUCAGCCUAACGCACCCAAUCCGUAGCCAGAGGCAUCAUGAAGCCACCCAAAGUGCAUGUUCCACCACUUCACUGUAUGGCCAGCAACUAUGGCCGCAAGAGAUCCGGCUGCUGCUUCUUCAACCAGCGGCAAAUCCCGAUACGCCAAUCGUGGCCAAGCUGGAGAGGACGUCCCUCACCUCGGGCAUGAAAUAUGCGGCUUUGUCUUACACGUGGGGUACCCCUUUCGCAUCAGAUGCUCCGGUUGACGACGAGACCAUGGCUUCCUACGAGAACGAUCGACACCACUAUUUGAUUGAUUUGAAUGGGAUAGAAUUCCCAGUGGGUCGGAACUUGGCCGAAGGCUUGAGGCGCCUCCGACAUGCCACUGAACAGCGAGCAUUGUGGGUCGACGCUCUCUGUAUCAAUCAGCAAGAUCAAGAGGAAAGGGGGCUGCAGGUCCGGUACAUGGGUAGAAUCUACCAACAGGCCGAGCUGGUCUGCGUCUGGCUCGGUGAAGGACUCAAUGACCUCCCCUCGAGACCAGCCAUGGCUCUCAUCGAAGGCAUUCUCGAUUCUUUCAAGCACUGGUACGGCACAGAGAAGUUCGAGAAACGCUGGGGAGAGACCAGCGAGAAGGCUCUUCUGACGUGCGAUUCGAUCGACCAAAGGAUGUUUUGGGAGUGGCUCCAUGAGAAGAAUGCCCGCCAAUGGGUCCAGCGCGAUGAUCUACACCUGCACCUCGGUACGGCAUUCUCGCCCGCCUGGAAGGCUCUUGACGACCUACUCUCGCGCACAUGGUGGGACAGAGCUUGGACCUGGCAGGAGAAAGAGCUUGCUCGCAGUAUCAAGAUUUAUUUGGGCGACCUCGAACUUUCGUGGCGGAAACUGAGAUUCGCCAUGCUUCUUGUCAUGGCCCACGACCAGGCGCACGGUCGCGGACAGAAAGACCAGCUCAUGCCCAACCGACGGUACUUGCAUAUAGUGGACAACAUUAGCAUCGAGCGGAAUUCGCCUACAUUUCUGGACAUGGCUAUCAACAUCAGGCAUCGAGAAUGCCGCGAUCCUGCUGACAAGAUCUUUGGUUUACUCGGAGCUGUUCAACAGGAGGCUGACUCGAGCAGCAGCCAUAUCAAUGCGAGGAUCGCCCGCUACCAAGAGUUCUCGAACUUCUCAGGCAUGAUCAGGUACGGUGAAAAGGUCGCCACCGUUCCCAGACUCUACACCGAAUUUGCCAGGUACCAUAUACAGGACAUGAGAGACCUCCGCGCUCUGCAGGCGUGCAAUCCAAGGAAGAAAGGAAGGCACCCCGAACUGCCUUCGUGGGUGGCAGAUUGGUCCGACACGAGCAACUCUUAUGAGCUCUCCAGCUACAUUUACGAUGCAGCUGGCAAUACGACCGUCGAUGUGACAUAUGAUCCCACCAAUCGUCAGAUGUCACUGCGCGGGACCUUUGUCGACACCGUUUCAACAGUCUAUCGAGAUGCGACCAUAGAUGCUCUUGAGGAUGCUGCACACGAGGACAAAGUCGACGACAACCUGCAGAAUUGGCAGCGUGCUGUGACAGACUAUUACGGCACCAUCUACCUCCGCGAUAUUAAGAACAGUCGAUCGGACCCUGGGCAGGGCCUCCUGGCGAAGACAGUGUACGAACCGACCGGCGAGUCCCUCGGCGAGGCGUACUGGCGCACGCUUCUGGUCAACAAGCGGCCCGGCACCAAGAUGGACGCUGACCGCCGCAUCAAGCCCCAAGAGCUGGUCGAAGACAUUUUCCACGGCGAGGUGCUGAAGCGAAUGGGAGGCGGCGCUCUCACUGCGCCGACCCGAUCAUACGUCCCCGGCUGGCUGGGCGCGCUGCACCGCACCGUGCUGCGGAAUCGCUUCUUCACCACUGGACGCGGGCUCUUCGGAUUGGCACCUGCAAACCUGCGGGAGGGCGACGUUGUCGUCGUGCUUGACGGGGGAAACGUGCCAUUUCUGCUUCGCAAGCGGGACGACCACUACCAAUUGGUCGAGGAGGCGUACGUGCACGGGUUCAUGCACGGGGCGGCAAUCAAGGAGCGGCGGAGCGACGCGAGUCUGGAACGAGUCUUCCAUCUACGCUGA